CUUGGACUGGUCUAAUAAAGGCUAAUUCGAGCUCCUAAAAAUCUAAAAGAUUAGUUGUUGGUGUUGCAGUAACGUAGUGUUUUCCUUCACAAUAUGCAUCUUUAUUUCUUACAUUCAUUGUGACACAAUAUGCAUCUUUAUUUCUUACUUCGUUGUGACAUAGAGCGGAAAGAGCAGAAGGAAAAAAAUAUAGGAUCAAACAAUUGAACCUAUUGCUCGUGUUUUCCAAUUGAUUUCUUGCUAGAUGGACUCUGAGCAGAACUACGCUAGUUGGACAAUGUACAAAAUCAUGCUUGUUACAAUACUCCUGAAAACCUCUUCAUUAAUACUGACAUUGGAAGUUGAACAGUGUUGAGGGUGUGUUUUUUCUAGAGUGGGCACCAAAUUAUCACGAUGCCAAAUUACCAUUCAGCUGUGUUUUAGUUCUAUCCCCAUGUCUUGCAAAAUGUGCUAUAGGGACUUGAGAUCUAUGAAGGAGCACCUUCCCAAUUUGCUCAGUUGUUUAGUUCCCAAGAAAAUAUGUAAUUUGCUUAAGUUAAUCGAAUGGUACUCUUUGGAAUGAGCCCUUACCGAUGUUUUCGCCAAUAUAGAUAUUCUCCACUCGCCUCAUUAAGAUUUCCUUAUAAAGUCAAUGUGCACCUUUUUUUGUCCUUGUUCCCACUUACCCUUAUCUCAUUUCUAUAUUCAGAAAGAUAACUAGAAGCAGGCUGAUUUAAGAAUUAAGAUCGACAAUUGAUUAAAUUACUCGUCAAAGAGGAAGAACGGAAAAAACCUCCGAACGAGUGGAGUAUUCAAAAGUCAAAUGUCAACUUACGUAGCUGUAUCCCAAUUCGCUGAGUCUGCACCCAACUUACUUACUUCCUCAUCGACACAUGCAUGUGUCAUAUCUAUUUCUAAAGAUCAUUAACUUAAAUAAGAUGUGGAGUUGACUUGAAAUAUAUGCUUCUAUAAAUCAUCACAUUAAUCUUCAUCAUUUCAGACUUGUAUCACAUCUUAAUCUUGUAUCAUGGCUUUCAGUAGCUACUAUUUGACCCUCAUUUGUUCACUUCUCCUUUCCAUUUCUUCUUGCAUAGGCCAAACUGCUUUUCAGCCUAAAGCUCUACUCCUUCCUGUGACCAAAGACUCUUCUACUCUCCAAUACACAACCCAAAUUGGUCAAAGAACUCCUCUUGUGCCCAUCAAGUUGACAAUACAUCUUGGUGGACAAACUUUAUGGGUAGACUGUGAAGAUGGUUAUGUGAGUUCCACUUAUCGACCUGCUCGUUGUGGCUCAGUUCAAUGUACCCUCGCCAAAGUUAACACUUGUGGAGACUGCAACACCACUCCCAGAAUUGGGUGCAGCAAUAAUGCAUGUUAUAACACCCCUGAAAAUCCAUUCAUCAAGACUUUAUAUGAUGGUGGCGAAAUUACCGAAGACGUUUUAUCGAUACAAUCCACUGAUGGAUCAAAUCCUGGUAAGUUUGUUAAGAUCCCAAGCUUCAUUUUCACUUGCGUUCCUACAUUCUUGACUGAAGGUCUAGCGAGUGGAGUGAAAGGAACUGUUGGAUUGGGAAGGAAUGGUAUCGCACUUCCUUCCCAACUAGCUCAAGUCUUCAGCUUUCCAAGAAAAUUUGCUCUUUGUUUGAGUUCAUCCACCAAAUCAUCUGGUGUCAUAUUUUUUGGUGAUGGGCCUUAUAUGAUGCUUCCAAAUAUUGAUAUCUCUAAAAAUCUCAUCUUUAUACCAUUGAUCAUCAAUCCUUUUGGUACUGGAUCAGUUCCUUUCCUAAAUGAAUCUUCUUCAGAGUACUUCAUUGGAGUGAAAUCUAUUAGACUGAAUGGAAAACCAGUGCCAAUUAACAAAAAAUUGCUCUCAAUUGACAAGAGGGGAAAUGGUGGAACAAAAAUCAGCACAGGGAGUCCUUAUUCAAUCUUAGAAACUUCCAUCUAUGAUGCUGUGACUAAAGCUUUAGUUCAAGAACUUUCUAAUGUGACCAGAGUGACUGCUGUGGCACCUUUUGAGACUUGUUUCAGCUCAAAAAAUAUUGCUAGUGCAAAGGUCGGACAAGCUGUUCCUGCCAUCGAUCUCAUGUUGCAGAGUAAACAAGUCUAUUGGAGGAUUUUUGGUUCAAAUUCAAUGGUGGAAGUUAGCCAAGAUGUGAUAUGUUUAGGAUUUGUGAAUGGUGGGAUUAAACCCACUACUUCAAUAGUAAUAGGAGGACAUCAACUGGAGGACAAUCUUCUACAAUUUGACCUUCCAAGAUCAACACUUGGUUUCAGCUCAUCCCUUUUGUUCCGCCAAACUACAUGUGCCAAUUUCAACUUCACAUCAAAGGCUUAAAAAGCUGUCUUUUAGCAGUAUCUGUUGUCCUAUCCAAAAUUGUUGUAUAAAAGAGAAAAUAAACAAUACUGAUGAAACUUUAUGAUCAAAUCAUAGAACAAGUUCAUACAGAAUUAUCCCAAUUUUUUGUCAGAUGAUUCUUGAUUUCUCGCAGUAGCAUAUAUAUAUAGUGAUGCCGUACAUCCAAGUUCCUGCAGAAAUGCUGAAUAAUGUUGGUAAAAAACAUGUAUUGUAGCUUAUGGUUGAAUCUGAACUGCUGAAUUGC